AUGAUCUUCACAACAGAAUCUCUUCAUACCUAUUUCCGUGACCAUGUCUUCGGCGCCAAGGAAUCAUCAUUGCUGUUCCAGCAGGCGAUAAUAGAAGGACCCUUCCAGACCGCAUCUCUCUCCACUUCUGCGCCCCCUUCUCGCUUUACCCACAGCCAUGGACCCUACUCCGAUAGCUCAACCGCUCCUUUUGACCAACUUCCUCGCAUGGCGGCUGGAUCUUCCGCUUUCACAGCGAUGCAAAAUAUCCCUGACUCUACCCUCGCCCAACCCAAUUCAUGUACCGCUCUGACCUCGCCUGCAACCGUCGAACGCCAAACCAUAUUGGAGGAAACACCAACAAGACGCCCAGAGGCCGGCGAAGGCGACAUCAUCCCAAUCACCGACAUCAUCAUCAUCGGUCAAGCGUCUCUCUCACAAGCACCGCAUUAUAUGGCAGCGGCGAAGGUCACUUGGGGUCGUUGGGAAGCGAAUUCUGGCUGUACCUACUACCCCGAUCCCCUCAUGGUCAUAGGAUUUAGAUGUUUGAGGAUGAGCGACGCAACGAGGAAUGAGGUUCAAGGGAGAGACUUGGAUAUCGAUGAAGAAAGGAAGUACAAAUGGGAGAACGCUAAGCCAAAGAUUGUCACAGCUGCUGCUGAUCACAACGACUGGAUGCUGAGGAUUGAGAUUGGGGGCGCUAUGGUUACUAACAAUGUGAGCUCUUGCAAGCAGACACGGGAAGUAAAGCUUUGGGGGAAGAGGGUCGUUGGUGAUGAGGAAGUGAAGCUUGGCAGGGCAGGAAAAGACAGACUUCAGAUCGAUUGA